ACGUUAGGUUAGUGACAUUUAUGAGUCUCCAUAGAAUUUAUAUAGAGUCUUGCGAGUUGUUUCCCUUUGACAUGCCACAACAAAAAGCGACCUCUAUUAGUUCCUGUCGUCGCCAUAUUUGUCCACAAUAUGACACCCGAAGAACCAUAUCCCUCUGUUUUCCAUCAUUUUGUCGUCUGACAAAAACAGUUCAUUACCCGAAGGUCCUAAUAUUCAAGACCUUCAAUCGAAGGUGAUGGAAUAUCGCAAUGUCGUGUACAAUGCCGCACGUGAUGGCAAAAUCAACCGUCUGAAAAUCUUCUUGGACCACAAGUCGAAAGAUGAAGUCGUCAAACUUGUGCAUGCUAAAACCAAUGGAGCCACUCCUCUUAUCAUGGCAUGUCGUAAUGGACACUUAGAUGUCGUCAGAUAUCUCCUAGAACUAUGUAAAGCCGACCUAGAACAAGUAGGAUGCGUGACCUUUGAUGGGGAAACGAUUGAAGGGGCACCCCCUCUAUGGUGCGCUGCGGCUGCUGGGCAUACCCAGAUAGUAAAGUAUUUGGUGGAAAAGGGCUCCGGAGUCAACAAAACAACGUUUACCAACUCGACUCCUCUUAGAGCCGCCUGUUUCGAUGGCCAUAUCGAAAUUGUCAAGUUUCUAGUAGAGCAUAAAGCAGACAUUGAAAUUGCCAACAGGCAUGGUCACACAUGUUUGAUGAUAUCCUGUUAUAAGGGACAUAAAGAUAUAGCCAAAUUUCUUCUGGAACUCGGUGCUGAUGUUAACAGAAAGAGUGUUAAAGGCAACACAGCUCUGCAUGAUUGUGCCGAGUCAGGAAGCUUGGAUAUUAUGAAGAUGCUGCUCAAAUUCAAUGCAAGAAUGGAAAAAGAUGCGUACGGUAUGACUCCUUUACUAGCGGCCAGUGUGGCAGGAUAUUCCAAGAUUGUGGAGUACUUAAUCACCAGGCAAGAUUCUGAAAGGCAAGAAAAAAUCGACGCACUAGAGCUUCUAGGAGCCACUUAUGUGGAUAAAAAGAGAGACAUGUUAGGCGCUAUUAGUUUCUGGAGAUCUGCAAUGGAGGAGAGAUAUGCUAGCCCUCAUUCCCCAGUGCCCAAACCCCCAUCUGGUUCUGAAGUUGCUGCAUACGAAAAUGCAAAAGAAGUGGUGUCAUUAGAACAACUAGAUGAACUCGCAUCUGAUCCUGAUAAUAUGAGGAUGCAAGCACUGCUAGUUCGUGAGAGGAUUUUAGGUCCUGCCCAUCCUGAUACCUCAUACUACAUAAGAUAUCGAGGAGCCCUUUACGCGGAUAUGGGAAAUUUCGAUCGCUGCAUAAUGCUAUGGAUGUAUGCCUUAGACAUGCAGCAGAGUGUGCUGGAAGCUCUCAGUCCAAUGACUCAGAGCAGUUUUCUGUCUUUCGCUGAACUGUUUUCCUUCAUGACGACGGAGUGGAGAAACCGACCUGCUCACCCCGUGGCGUUUCGAGACAUCAUGGAUGUUUUACUGCGUGCUAUCAAAGAACUAGACCAAGGUCAAAACCACCUGAUGAAAGUGGCAAUACCUGAACGGGAUCUUAGUCACUUCAACAAACUACUCAUCAUAAUAAUGCAUAUUCUGUGUCUGAUGUGUCGACUUCAGAAAUCGUUGAAACCAGAGGAAGAACAUGAACUGAAGCAAGUUGUGUACAAACUUGUACAGAUGAAUCCACGUGGCACCAAAGGCUACACCCCUCUCCACCUCGCCUGUUCAAAAGAUACCACCAACGUUGGAAGAUAUCCAGUCUGUUCUUUCCCUUCAGCAGAAGUAGCUCAACUUCUGAUCGAGGUUGGCGCCAAUGUGAAUGCUGUUGACGUUGAUAAGAAUUCUCCGCUGCACAUUGCUGCAGCCAAUCGGCCGUGUCGGUCGGAAGUGAUCCGUACCUUGUUGAAAAAUGGUUCUCAUCUGGACAUGUGUAACGGUGACAGAAAAACUGCUAUGCAAUUGAUACGUGGAAUGAGUAUUAAUGACAUAGUUUCGCCACUGAAUUAUUUAUCCCUUCAGUGUUUGUCUGCCCGCAAAAUAGUCAAAUGUAAUAUUCCCUAUAAAGGUCAUAUUCCUCAGAAGUUGGAGUCCUUUAUAAUGAUGCAUUGAUGACAGUGAUGUCAGUUAGAAAGAAGAAUUGUUUAUGUUAGAAAAAUAUUGUUUGAAAAAUGAGCAAGGAGUUGGAACACAUCAAUAAAUCUGUUGAUACCUGAAACACCUGUAACUAUCUUGUUGAAAGAUUUUUUGUUUUACUUGAAAGCACCAAUAGUAAUACAAUGUAUUGUAUGAUUUAGAAUUUAAACAUGUUAAAACAAAUUACACCAAAAUCAAUGAAAAGUUGAAAACACUGAAUGUUAUUGAUUAUUUAGGAUUAAAUGGUUUUAGUAGCCAAAUGUCAGUUACGAACUUGCAUUGGAAUGCUCUCUGUAGAUUAAAGAAGAUGGAAAUCAUUAUUCAAAUUUAAUUUAAGUUUACAUACAAUUGUGCUGUUUUAUGCUGUUUUUUGUUUGUUUUUGGUUAGAAAAUCAAAAUGAAUACAAAAUCAUUCCAUCUGAAUGCAUGAAGUGAUGCAUGCACAUCUUGUUGAUUUUGUGUGCCCUGUGUGUAUUUUCCGUUUUGCUCAUUUAAAAAAUAAAUUAAUCAUAAUUAUUAUGACAGUUUUGGAAUAUCCCUAUUAUUUUGGGUCAGUAUAAAUUGAUUGUAAUGUUUUUUGGUCAGAGAUUUGUCAAUGGAAGAAUUCUCAAUGAAAUUUAAUGUUAUAAAUACGAACGUUUCCUGAUUAAAGCUUAAAAUGGACAUUAACAAAUGUACAAAAAUGUUAUGGGGAAAAUUAAAAAUCAAACAUUUUUUUUUUUGAGAAAAAUUUGCCAAAGCUUUGUGCUGUGCUUUUGACAAAAGUUUAACUCCUUGGAAUUUAAAAUAAGAAUGUGGUAUAGAUAUUUUAAAAUAUUUAAUAUUCAUAUCAAUGGAUGACUAAUAAGAACUUUUAAUCUGAAAUCAUCUUUUAUUAUAACUGGGCCUCCAACUUUGCUUAGGCAAUUUUAAUAUCAUAAGAUGGGAAAUAAUUAAAAAAUUAAUUAAGUCAGUCACAUCCUCAUGAUGUUUUUCAUACCACUGUACUAGCAGUCACUAUGGGUUGUUCGGUCUUCAUCUCUUUGAUUUUUGUUGUGUUUGAUUAGAUUUGAUUCUUUGGAGACUUGGCUUUCUUUAAAGACAGUAGUUGAAUUUUGAUGUCCAAUGCAACAGCAAAGAAAAAGAUUGUAAAACACAGGUGUUGAAUAUUGAACUUUUGGAAUUCAUAUUAAGAUAAUUUUUUUUUAGGAUAUGUGUGCAAGAUUAUCCAGUUUGUAAGGAAUGCAAAUCCAUUGUACCUACAUGAAUAUUUAUAUACAUGUAUAUAGAAUAUCCAUUUCAAGUAUGGAAUGUCAUCAAUAUUCAUAUAUGUUGGAAUAUGAUUAAACUUGCAGUCUGUGAUAAUAUAGGAGUAAUCAGAGCAGAAGGCACUGUUCCUGCAACCGAGUUAAAUUUUUUGUUUGGUAUUUGUUAUAUGGCGACAUUUUUGACAGGAUGUAUUUUAUGCCAUUUAUAAACCAUGUUUUCCAAUACUGUGCUUUUUCACCUGAGCUAUUUAUUACAAACAAUGUGUAUCUAGCCAUGUAAAGAUGCAUAAAUUGCAUGUGUAGCAAUUACUUUAUGGAUGGGUCAAGUGGCAUCAAAGUGGAAAACAUGUGUUUUUGUUUUAUGUUAGGAAAAGUUGCUAAUCCUGUUGAAACAUUACAUUUCUGUAUAAUUUUGUGCCUCACAAAAUCUUUCAUAUCACAAUAAAUGUGUUGAAAUCCUUAUAUUUUCUAUUCUAAUUUGAGAUUUUUUUCAAACCUAAAUUACAAAUGAAUGAUUCUAUUAGAGCAGGGCAAGGCACAUUGCCAAAAAUGCAGAAUACAUGUAUUAAAAUUUAACUUUUCUCGUAUAUUCUUUUUUUGGGGGUCAAGAAUUAACAAUACGAAAUAGGAUGGAUACAAGUGGUCAACAUGGGAAAUUAGCAACUGUUCUUUAUCGAUAAUAUAUCCUUGUGUGCUUGAGUAUCACUUCAACAUGCCAAUAAAGAAAUACUAUACCUUU